AUGGGAGAGAGAGGGACAAAUGAAAGGAUGAAGGAAAAAAAAAAUUCAAAAUUCAGCUCAGCCAAGGAGAAGGGGGAGUACCAAAAGGACAGCGUGAAGGAGCAAAGCUACGCAGCACAUGUGCUCCUCAAGGACGUUAAAAAAAACCUCGCAGCAGAUACAAAUUUAGACAAAUAUAAAGGAAUUAAAAAUAUCAAAAAGGAUAUUUUUUACAGCAUAAUUUACCCUCAUAAAUUUAGGGAGGGUAAUUUCAGCACGAUUGUUAAUAUAAGCGGAAUCAGUGGGUCAGGAAAAACCACAUUGUCAUAUGCCAUAGCCGGAGAAUGUAACUGUCCAUUUUUUUACUUGAAGCUACCAGAAUAUAUAAAAUAUAUAUCCAAUGAUAGUAAAAAUAAUAAAUUAAAAUUAAUUUUUGAACAAAUAAAAAACGAGUAUAAUGAGGCUAUCCUUUGCAUAGACGAUAUAGAUGUUAUCCUUUCGUCCAAAGAUGAUUCAACAGAUCUGUAUCUCUUUACAUAUCUUCUGAGCCUCUUUGACAACACAAAUGUUAUUAUACUUUUACUAAGUGUGAGCAAACCAUAUGAUAGUGUACUGUACACAAAAAUUAAAAAAUUUAUUUCCAUCCCUAUCCCUACGUAUGAAGAUCGGGUGGAGAUUCUCCAAUACAUGGCGGCAGAGUUGUCUCUCACAUUUGAUGCGAAAUAUGCAGCAUCUUUAACGUAUGGCUUUCAUCGGGGCCACCUCUACGAUAUUGCAAACGAGUCAAUGAAUCUGUGCAUAUAUGACCAAGUGCAAGCGGGAAGUUUUGCCAAGAUAACGAGCGAGAUGGACAUAGUCUCUAUUGAGAAGCCCGAAUCGGAGGUACUAACUCCGGGGGGUGCGCCCACUGAAUGUGCACAUUCAGUCCCUAAUGACGCCCUCCAUCCGGAUGGAGAAAAUAUUUCCGAAGCCAACAAUGGGGAAGAAAGCCCAAACGGAGGUGAUGAUCAACAGUAUGACUCCAUAAGGGAUGCCAGCACAACGUUCUACUCCAAUACAGUUCCCUCCAAGCAGAGAAACGAAACAAGCCUGAAGAGGAAGGAGUGGGGAGGAGACGCUACCACGUACAAAGUGAAAAGACCAAAAAUGAGCUGCCGAAAAAUAGAUGACGAGAUUAUUCACCAAAGUGUGAGCAAUAUAAAAAAAAAAAUGAUUACACAAAAUAUAUGUGAAGUGCCAAAUAUCAACUUGGAUAAUAUUGGCUCCUUGAAAAAGAUCAAAAAAGUCUUAGAGACGAAAUUUAUCCUACCAGUGAAAUAUGCAAAUAUAUACAAACAUCUAGGGAUAAACAAAAGCAUGGGAAUAUUACUUUAUGGUCCACCAGGAUGUGGAAAAACGAUGCUUGCCAAAGCAAUAAGUAAUGAAAUGAAGGCGAAUUUUAUAGCUAUAAAGGGACCCGAAAUUUUGAAUAAAUAUGUGGGGGAGAGUGAAAAAAAAGUAAGAGAAAUAUUUUCUUACGCAUCUAUUUACAAGCCUUGCCUCAUCUUUUUUGACGAAAUUGAUAGUAUUUGCAUUAACAGGGCAAACAAUAAAGCUGCAGCAGCAUCAGAUCGAAUUGUAAACCAACUGCUCACAGAAAUGGAUGGCCUCUCUCAAAGAGAAAGUGUUUACAUCAUUGCUACGACAAAUAGACCAGAUAUAAUCGACAAGGCAUUGUUAAGAAGUGGUCGAUUUGAUCAACUUAUUUACAUUUCUUUACCAAAAUAUCAAGGACGAAUUGAUAUUUUGAGAAAAUUAUCCAAAAAUAUGCCCAUGCAUGCUGAUGUAGAUUUUGCAAAAAUUUCUCGCUUGACCAAAGGUUAUAGCGGGGCUGACUUGUACGGAGUUCUGCGAGAAAGUGCCUUUAUCGCUCUCCAGGAGUGUCGAGAUAAAAUUGAUUUCUUAAACUCGGGUUUGUCUAGCAGCUGUGAUGCUACGCAGCACUGCCCCGAAGCAGAUACCUUUUGCAGAGACACAUCCAAUGAGCCCCCAUUUGUCAAACGCGAAAAUGGUGACACGGUUACAGAUGCUGCAAGUAGCAAUCGUACAAUAGGCUCUUGCGAUGGAGGCACAAAAAUGGCUAGUCAGUGUAGCGUGACAACAUUUGAUCAAAGCCAAUUGGAGGAAUACAACCAAAAGGGGGCUAACUACACUGAUGCUCAUUUGUGUUUCCCACUGUGUGAUCCUACUGAUGCACCAGCAUAUGAUGAAAAUAGCGUGGAAGCAUGCGCACCGGAAGGAGGGGAAAUUGUGUCGUGCCACCCCGAAACUGAGGAGGAGUUGACCAAAAUGACUGACUUAAUGAACGAAAGGGGAACCUCCCAAACGGAGAACACGGCCACUUUGCUUUUCCCGAAUCCUGAUGGUAGAGCCAAUUUGGAAAAUGAGCCAAACAAACAUUCGAAAAGGAAACAGAAAUGUCUGCUAUCCCAGCAUGAUGAAUUAAGACGAAUGAAAAAAAUGAGUUUCCCAUACGGUGAUGAUGACUUUUCCAUAGAAAAUAAUCAGACGUACACAAUUAACAAUUUAAAAAACAAAACCAUAAGUGAGAAGGACAAAAAUAACUUAAUUUAUGAGUUCAUUCAAAAGAAUAAAAACAUACUUACAAUUAGCCAAAGGCAUAUCAUGCUGGCGGUCAAGAUCGUCCCACGCAGCGUUACAAGUAAGCAGAUGAAAUAUUACAAAGAAAUAAGUAAGAAGUUUAAGUGA